CGGUUGCUGUGUAUCAAAAGUGUUUCCAGAGUUCCAAGGACGUGCAGUGAAAAUGACGCACCACCACCAGCAUUCGUUCAGCGAAUCGAGCUGCUAUGUAUCCUGCAUUUUGAUUCUUCAGUUCUUUCAAAAAAUGAUUGUAAAGUGCUGCCAAAAGCUAUCGAUUGCGUUUCUCAGCGUGAUGGAGGGAAUUUCGAUGAGAAGUACGGCCGAGGAGCAGAUUAGAACGUUCGAUCAGCAGUCGGCACACUGGUGGGAACCGAAUGGACCGAUGCUUCUACUGCACAGGCUGAACAAGCUAAGAGUUCCACUGGUCGUCGAGGGGCUCAUCAAAGUCGGUAAGCUGGACCGCAAGCAACGGUACACGACAGACGCCCUGAAGGGGCUGUCGAUCUUGGACGUUGGCUGCGGCGGUGGCAUUUACGCGGAGGCCCUCGCCAAGCUGCAGGCGAAUGUAGUCGGCAUCGAUCCGGCUCAUCAUCUGAUCGACGUGGCGAAGGCGCACGCCGAAAAGCAGCCGGAAAUUAAGAAUCACUGCCAGUACCGAGCGGAAUCGAUGGAGCAGCACUGGGAGAGUGCGGUUGGAAAGUACGACGUGGUGGUACUGUCGGAAACUCUCGAGCACGUCGCGGACAAGAGUACGCUGCUGAAGCAGAUCGCGGCCGUACUGAAACCGGGCGGGUCCGUGUUCAUCAGCACCUGGAACAGGACCACCUUCGCCUGGCUGAUGGCGAUUGUGCUGCUGGAGAACAUUACCAAGCGUCUGCCGAGGGGAUCGCACGAUUACGACCAGUUUAUCGAGCCGGAGGAGACGCAGGGCAUCCUCGAGGGCUACAACUGUCGCACGAUCGAGUGCCGGCCGUUCUACUUGAAGUUUUGGGAGGACGAGUGGGUUUGGGUGCCGUUCAGAAAGUUUACCUACGCUCUCCAUGCGGUCAAGGAAUAACGACAGGAAAAAGGACAUCAGGCAUCGGAUUGAACUAGCGGAUAUGGAAACACGGAAUGAGAGGAAACGGGAAUUUGACAAAUGAAUUUCAAACAAAAAUAACUGUG